AUGCCUUUUGUAUACAACCCAUACAAAAACCUCUGCACCGUUGGCCGUUUCCCAGCCAUUAAACUGCAGGAGGAUGGCUGCAGGAAAGCAGCAUGCUAUACACCGGUUUACAACAACACUUGUGUUAACCCAUGCUCUAAACCUUAUGUAAAUCCUUGGGCUAGCCCUUGCAAUAUCCCUUAUGCUUACCCAUAUGUUAACCCUUGUGUUAACCCAUUCGUCAACCCCUGUGUUAACCCAUGUGUUAACCCUUGUGCUACUCCAUACCCUAAUCCUUGCGGUUUUGUCACUCCAUGCCAUGAUUAUGAGACAAAGGAAGUCGUCGUCAAGGAAUGCGUGGAGGAUUGUACAAGCAAGCGAGUCUGUGGGGUCGAGGAUGCUGUCCUCCGGGUGAGUAAAGUUGACCUUCUCAAAUGCAGGACCGGAAAGAAUCGUGAGGAGCAUCACACACAUUGUUUCCUUGAUGAUCAUCUCAUCGUCCGCAGAGGACAGUGUUUCAAUAUGUGGGUUGAUCUGUGCCGUCCUUUCAAUCCCAGUUGUGACAAGCUUCACCUGGAGCUCAAACUAGGUCACAUCCCAUCCAUCCGGGACGGCACUUAUGUGAUCGUUCCAAUAGUGGAAGAAUUCAAGAAAGACUGCUGGGGUGCAAAGAUUGUGGAACAAGGACAAAACCGAAUCAAACUGUGUGUGCACUCUAUUCCGACUGCUUGCGUUGGACGAUACCAGCUCAGUGUCGUGACACACUGUCCAGGAGGCAGAUUCACUUUACCUUGUGUUCCUGAAAAUGAAAUUUACAUGUUGUUCAACCCCUGGUGUAAAGAUGACUGUGUGUAUCUGAGUGAUGACGCGGAGAGAGCUGAGUAUGUGCUGAAUGACAUGGGCAGAAUCUACUAUGGAACUAAGCAGCAGAUUGGUUGCAGAACAUGGAACUUUGGUCAAUUUGAGAAGGGAAUCUUGUCUGCGUGUAUUUAUGUAUUGGAGAAGAGCGGUAAACCUUGCUCAGGAUGGGGAAACCCCAUUAACAUUUCCAGAGUAGUGUCUGACAUGGUUAUUGCCAACAAAGACUGUGGUGUGCUGGUGGGUAACUGGUCAAACUGCUAUGGAGAUGGAACUGCUCCGACAUCCUGGUGCAGCAGCAGUGCCAUCCUGAAACAAUACCACAAAUGUGGAGGAAUACCGGUCAAAUAUGGACAGAGCUCGGCCUUUGCUGGAGUCACCAACACACUGUUGAGGUGUUUGGGAAUUCCUGCUCGUCCGGUCUCAAACUUCUGUUCUGCUCAUGACACUGAUGUUUGUUUGACAUCUGACGUCUAUUUGGAUGAGAAAUUCCAGUUGAUCGAUCACAUGAACCGUGAUUCAGUCUGGAACUACCACGUGUGGAAUGAGGCCUGGAUGACUCGGUCAGACCUGCCAUCUGGUUUCGGAGGUUGGCAGGUGGUUGAUUCCACUCCUCAACUGACCAGCCAGGGCUUCUUCCGCUGCGGCCCUACCUCUGUUGCUGCGAUCCGCAGUGGACAGACCUUCCUGAAGCAUGAUGUGCCCUUCCUUUUCGCUGAAGUGAAUAAUGAUAAAGUUUACUGGCAGAGGAAAUGUGAUGGAACAUUUGGUGUUGUCCACAUUGAGAAGGAUGUAGUAGGUCACUGCAUCAGCACCAAGGCUGUUGGCUCAGAUCAACGUGUGGAUAUCACAAAUCUCUACAAACACCCACUCGGUUCUUCUGAGCAGUGCACUGCUUUGGAAACAGCUCUUCGUCAUGGCUCCAAGCGAUGCACAUACCCACUGCCCUGUGCUGAGGAUGUUGUCUGUGAAGUCAACCUGAAAGGGGAUGGAUCAUGUGUGGGCAAAGAUGCUGUGCUUUGCAUCAAUCUAAAAAACAAAUGCAGCUCAUCUCGUAGCGUCACCCUCUACAGCCAGUCUGCAGCCAUGUACUACACCGGAGUCAGAAAGACCUUCCUGAAGAAAGACCACACAUGCAUUGAGCUCAAGCCCUCUGAAUGCAGACCUCUGGAAUGGACCCUGAGUUAUGACGAGUAUAAGGAACACCUGGUGGAUCACGCCUCACUGAUGCUCAACAUCUUCGGACAUGUGGCUCAGACUAAGCAGGUUUUGGCCACACAGUACAGCUUCAGACUGCGCACACCAGAUCUUGUUAUCGCUCCUGUAUGUGAUGCUGUCUUGGGUCAAGAAGUGCCAGUCAAAAUCACUUUCCAGAAUCCACUGCCUUGUGUCCUGAAGAACACUGCAUUCCGCUUUGUGGGACUUGGACUGCAGCAUGCCAGAGUUGUUAACUAUGGUGACAUUGCAGGGCAUGCCACAGUGUGCCUGACGGAGAAGUUUAUUCCCAAGUGUCACGGCCCACAUAAACUUCUGGCAUCAUUUGAUUGUCCUCAGCUCACUCAGGUGCAUGGAUUCGCCAACAUUGUCGUCAAACAGCACUGUUAA